AUGACUAAAGUGUCAGUGAUUGAGAGAAAGGCCUCCCAAUCCAAGAAUGAGUCUUACAACAUAAAUAUCUGUUUUCUUUUGUUUGCGAUACUGUAUAUUGUUUCCUACUUCAUUAUCAGAAGAUACAAGAGGAAAGGAGAUGAGCAAGAGGAUGAAGAUGCUAUUGUCAAUAGAAUUUCGCUGUUCCUGAGCACUUUUACUCUUGCAGUUUCAGCUGGUGCUGUGCUCCUCUUGCCUUUCUCAAUCAUUAGCAAUGAGAUUCUGCUUUCUUUUCCACAAAGUUAUUACAUCCAGUGGUUGAACGGUUCUCUAAUUCAUGGCUUAUGGAAUCUUGCUUCCCUCUUUUCCAAUCUUUGUUUGUUUAUAUUGAUGCCCUUUGCUUUCUUCUUUCUGGAGUCAGAAGGCUUUGCUGGCUUAAAAAAGGGAAUCAAAGCACGUAUUUUGGAAACCCUUGUUAUGCUCAUUCUUCUUGCGCUGCUUAUCCUUGGAAUAGUGUGGGUAGCUUCAGCUCUCAUAGACAAUGAUGCUGCAAGUAUGGAGUCUUUGUAUGAUCUUUGGGAAUUCUACCUCCCUUAUUUAUAUUCCUGUAUAUCAUUGAUGGGAUGUUUGUUACUUCUACUUUGUACACCAGUAGGACUUUCCCGCAUGUUUACAGUGAUUGGACAAUUGCUUGUAAAGCCAACAAUUCUUGAAGACUUGGAUGAGCAGAUAUAUAUCAUCACUCUGGAGGAAGAAGCUAUAAUGAGAAGGUUAAGUGGAGUAUUUUCCACGGUGGAAUAUAAUACAAAACAACUCGAACAGGAGCUGAAUAAUGUGAAGAGCAUGAAAACAAAAUUGGAGCGACGGAAAAAGGCUUCUGCAUGGGAAAGGAACCUUGUGUAUCCAGCUGUAAUGAUACUACUGCUAAUUGAAACGGCAUUCUCAGUGCUCUUAGUUGCUUGCAAUAUUCUGUGUCUGUUGGUUGAUGAAACUGCAAUGCCAAAGGGAUCAAGGGGGCCUGGCAUAGGAAAUGCCUCUCUGUCCACAUUUGGUUUCGUGGGAGCAGCACUUGAGAUCAUUUUGAUUUUCUACCUUAUGGUUUCCUCUGUUGUUGGCUUCUAUAGCCUACGUUUUUUUGGAGAUUUUACUCCUAGGAAGGAUGACACAACCAUGACAAAGAUAAUUGGGAACUGUGUUUCUAUCUUGGUCCUCAGUUCAGCUUUGCCAGUUAUGUCAAGGACACUGGGCAUCACCAGGUUUGAUCUCCUUGGAGACUUUGGAAGAUUUAACUGGUUAGGAAACUUCUACAUAGUAUUGUGCUACAAUCUACUUUUUGCUAUCAUGACAACCCUGUGCCUAGUGAGAAAGUUCACCUCUGCAGUUAGAGAAGAACUCCUCAAAGCAUUAGGUUUAGAUAAACUGCACCUCUCGCACAAUGCAAGAGACUCUGAGACAGCAAAGCCUUCUGUAAAUGGGCAUCAGAAAACACUGUGAAACGCAGUCGGUGGAAAGCUUCCUGACAUUCCUCUCACUUCAUUGUACUUGUUUUCUAUUGCUCUUACUUGUUUAUACCUUGGGUCCAGGUUGAUGCAAAAGAAAGCUGGGUGCCUCGGACUGUAGUCUUCUGCCUUGGAUUGAUCUAUUUUAAUUUCUCUGUCAACUGGAGAUGUGUCUUGAACAUUCCUCUUUGAACAGACCUUCAUACUGAUCUCUGCAUCCAAGGACAAGAAUCUUCUGCGCAUAAAUUCAUUGGUGAAGAUGAACUUGGGAGAUGAGCUUGCUAUCUGAAAAUGGCAAACAUCUACUCAAGAGGUUGAUUUUCCAGUAAGAUUGCAUUCUGAAAACUUGUGAGAGCACAAUAAGGCUCAGGAUCAGUACAUUAAUCUACCCAUCAAAUCAGUUUGCACUAUGAUUGUAUCUAAGGUAAUAGCAGUUCUUAGUUCUAACUGAUAAACUGCCCCAUUUAUUGCUAGGGAUAAUUUUCAUUGCAAACCCUGAUUGUGCAAUAACAUCAUCUUACAACUGCAAUGCUAAAUCUGAGCCUGGAAAACAGUAAUUGUAGACUUCUGAUCAUUGUAUGCAUAAUCAUGCCUAAAAACGUGGUUGUCAUACUCUACUAAAUAAUAUGAACAGAAAAUGUGUGUAAAAUAUACGUAUGUAUAAACAGCGAGAAGAAAACAAUUGCAUCUAACUUUCACAAAGUUAUCUUUAAAUGAUUGCCCAUUCCUAAGACUGAUUAGUGAUUCAGUGUAUUUUAUUUUGCUGAACAAGGUAUUUUUUUAUUAAUUCUUUUAAUUAUGUGUACAUAUAUCUUUUUUUUUAUGAAAGCAGAAUUGAGCUAGUAUUUCACCUAGUUUAUAGUAUGAAAACGUAAGAUUAGACGAUAUUCAGGGGGUUAGAUAUGAUAUAGUUGACACAGCAUAUAGUUGGAUAUUGCUACACUGUUGAAGUUUACAAAACCCUGUGUGAGAGAGACAAAAAGCUGAAGGAAGUUAAAGCUGAAUUUAUUCACUAAUGUACUGUGAGUAGAGGCAGGUAGAUUGUAAAGACCACUGUGAUUAUUGAGUAUGAUGGAAUGACCCUAUUCCAUGUAUAAUGAUAGAUUGAUCAAGGACAGUUUAUUGGGACUUUGUAACUUCAAGCAUUUCACUUUGUGGAAAAUCUGUUACUAUGUUAAUCUCUGUAAAUCCAAAGUCUCAAACAUAGUCUCAACAUAUUGCACAAUAUCCAGAUAUUUAAUUCAGGUGUUUUGGAUUACGAUAUUGCUAAUUUCAAAGGGUUCAUGAACAUCUUUUCUAUUGAUUCCAUUGACUGACCAGUAUGAAGUUCUUGGACAUCAAAAACUUUUUUCCUUACUUUUAUACUGUUUCUUCUAUUAAUGAAUUUUGCAUUAUUUGGAAGGUAAGAAUUGUAGCAAAUAUAUAAUAGGAAUUUUUCUAGCAUAGCCAAUGGAAAUGAUAAAUAAAACACUCAAAAGGGGGAUUCUAAGAAUUUGGGUUGUUUGCUACAGUGGAAGCUGUAGCUUAGUUAGCUCACUAUUUCAAAUAUUGAACCCUCUAUCACAAUUUGAAAUAGUAGUAAUCAAUUUUAGGAUCAGUUUGGCUCCCUUACCAUGAUACUAUAAUUCAAAUAUAUUUUUUAAAUAUGAUGAACUGCUGUGAUAAACCGAUAGUAUAUCUAAGUAGAGCUGAAUUCUUGGAAAAAAACUUGUGGCAUCUAUGUCUAUCUUGCCUAGGGAAACAUUCAGGAAAAAUAUGAUAGUGAAUUUACUCAAGGGUGUGAUUUAAGUCCUUGUUUCCUUGUGAAUUUAUCUCUAGAUUGAGAACACAGUUGAAACCAUGUGAACUUUUAAUUUGCAGCAAGUUCUUCUUAAACUAAUUUGUAACAACACUUGAAGAACAAUCACUGUAAUUGUCAGUGGAAGAAGAAUCUCCUACAUGGACACUGAUUAAAGGAUUAAUUCAUUGCAAACUCAUUUGAGUACAAAUCCCCAUUCAAGUAAGGAAUUAUGCUGGAAACGAAACACUUCCUUAGCCAUUCUGGAUUAGUUCACAUUAAUGAUACUUAAAUUGAAAGAGGUUCCCUUUUAAAAAGUGGGAAGGCACUUACUACUGAAGGCUUACACAACGUGCAGUUUUUGUGAUCAGUUGAACUUUCCAGCCCAUGUAUUGACAUGCAUUUGAAUAUUUUUGCCUUUGCCUUAGAAACAUUUUACAUCUUAAUGUGGUCCUAGUGCUGGCGUAGCACCUGUUUCCUAACAAUAUAGAAAGAUUGCAUACAAUCUCAUUUUAAAAAUGCUAUUCUUCUUUUAUCCCUGUACACAGAUUUAUGAUACAUUAUUUUGAAAAUGAAUGUUAGACAAGUGGCAUCAGAAAGGUAUAUAUCUAUAUGAUGAGCUCCUCUGUUCCUUGGCUUUGUCUGUGUAAAAUGGCCUAUUGUAAACUACUUUGGAGUUUUUACUUGCCACUAUGUUUUAAAAAAAUGAUUCAGAAAUACUUUACAAAUUCAGAAAAGACAUAUUUUGGUUCAUAAUUCAUUGUAUACAGAUCCCUAGUGGUUUGACACUUGGAGUCAAGUACCCUGUACUUCUUAAAAUACAAAAAGGUUUUCUUCAGGUAUCAACCUUUGCCUCAUUUAUUAUGAGGUUUAAGCACAAAUAUGCUUUUCUUAAAUGUACUAGGUAUCUAUCAAAGUAGACCAAAAAUGUGUGCAAAACAAGUGUUUCAAGUAAGCAUUUGUUUGGCUUUCUCCAUGAUAGAUUUGAUAACACAGUGUGAACACAUUACAACAGAUUUGUUGUUGCAGACUUUGAGCAAAUCUUUGCUAUUCACCUUUUAAAGCUAAGCUUAAGUGGACACAGGUUUAUUCAGAAGUAGUGUUUACUAGGACACUUGGUUUACUGAAUGUAAUGUGGUGAACUUCACCCUUCUUUAUUCACACUUUUACACAUUUGCCUGUUUAGUGUUGAUUAAAGUAUUUG